CCAGGAACCAGCCCCACGAGCAUAAUAACACCAGGAACCAGCCCCACAAGCAUAAUAACACCAGGAACCAGCCCCAUGUCCGGACGGAGAGCAGCUCCGGGGCCGUGAAGCCGCAACCAGCAGAGCAGAGCGGCUUUAGUCGGACCGAGAGGAUCAGGAGCUGAAGCUAGCCUCAUCCAGCCUCCACCAGCCUCCACCAGCCUCCAGGACCUCCACAGGACCCUCUACACCCAGCUACAGCAGGACCAGCACCAUGGGAGAGCAGCCCAUCUUCAGCACCCGGGCCCACGUCUUCCAGAUCGACCCCAGCACCAAGAAGAACUGGGUCCCCACCAGUAAACAUGCCGUCACCGUCUCUUACUUCUUCGACAGCACCAGGAACGUUUACCGGAUCAUCAGCCUGGACGGAUCCAAGGCCAUCAUCAACAGCACCAUCACCCCCAACAUGACCUUCACCAAGACGUCUCAGAAGUUCGGCCAGUGGGCCGACAGCCGGGCCAACACCGUCUACGGGCUGGGCUUCUCCUCCGAGAGCAACCUGUCCAAGUUUGCAGAAAAGUUUGCAGAGUUCAAGGAGGCAGCGCGGUUAGCGAAGGAGAAGUCUCAGGAGAAGAUGGAGCUCACCAGCACUCCCUCUCAGGGCGGAGCGCUAAAAAGGAAUGUGUUGUCUGUGAGCAAACCUGCUAAAAAGAAGGAGUCGGCCCCGGGGGAGCUGCAGUCACCUUUGACCUCUGAGAGCAUCAACGGGACCGACGAGGAGAGAGUGACCCCCGACACGCCUCAGCCCCCCGAGCCCCGAGCAGAGCCUUCCCACAAUGCACUGCCCUUCACUCACAGUUCACCCAACAUCAACAAGCACUGGGAGGCGGAGCUGGCGGCGCUGAAGGGGAACAACGCCAAGCUGACGGCGGCGCUGCUGGAGUCCACGGCCAACGUCAAGCAGUGGAAACAACAGCUGGCGGCCUAUCAGGAGGAAGCUGAGAGGCUACACAAACGGGUGACUGAGCUGGAGUGUGUGAGCGGACAAACAACAGUCAUUAAAUCCCAAAAGACAGAACUGAACCAAACGAUAGAGGAGCUGGAGUCAGCUCUGAAGGCCAAGGAGGAGGAGCUGGAGAGACUGAAAGCAGAGGUGGAGAGCGCCAACGAGUUCCAGUCUGAGAGAGACUCCCUCACUCAGAAACUACAGGACACGGAGUUGAGGAACCAGACGUUGGAGGAGCAGCUGAGUGAUCUGGAGCAGCGUCUGGAGAGCAACCAGCAGCAGAGAGAAGCUUUCCAGAAGAGCCUCCGCUCUCUGCUGCAGCUGCUGGACACCAAGAUCUUUGAGCUGACGGAGCUGAGGGACACGCUGGGGAGGCUGAUGGAGAGCAGCUAGAGAGAGCGACACCACAGCAGCUAGAG